GCGGGGCUGAGUCAGACGGAGCCGGGGCUGCUGGCAGAGAGGAGCGCACCGCACCGCUCCGCACCUCAGCGCGGGGAAGCCGCGCCAUGGCCCGGACGCUCGCCCUGCUGGCGCUGUGCAUGGCGCUGGGGCGCCGCGGAGUUUUUGCCAGCCCAUCGGAGAAACUCACACAUGUGGUCCAAUAUGAAAGGGUGACACCUCGCAGAGUGCCUGCAGCUCCUGGGAAAAGAGACCUUUCUGCUCAACUCAACACGUAUCCGGACCACGUUCAUUACAGCAUCCGUGCAGAAGGGAGGGACUAUGUUCUCCGUCUGGAAAAGAACAGGGGACUGAUUGGGGAGCACUACACUGAAACCUAUUACUCAGAAAAUGGCACCGAGGUCACUGAGAGGCCAGACACUCAGGAUCACUGUUUUUAUCACGGGGAUGUUCACGGACACAGUGAUUCAGCGGCAAGCAUCAGUACCUGCAGAGGACUCAGUGGAUUUUUCUGGGCCGAUCAAACAGUCUAUUUAAUUGAGCCAUUGGGAGGUGAUGAUAAGGGGGAGCAUGCGGUGUACCGAGCGGAUCACCUGAGAGUGAAGCGUGGGACCUGCGGAGAUGCCAAUGUCACUUUGGAAUACGACCAUGAACCGAAAGUUGCUGCCGCAAUGAAGCCCCAUCACUGGAAAUCGGCUCCAUUUCAGAAAGGGACCCGAUAUGUGGAGUUGGUCUUGGUCGUGGACAAUGCGGAGUACAAGAAAUCCAAAGACAUGCGGAUGAUUCAGAAUCGCAUGAAGGAAAUUGUAAAUCAUGUUGACAAGCUUUAUCAGACUCUUAAUAUCCGUGUGGCCUUGAUAGGCCUGGAAGUCUGGAGUUACAAAGACAGGAUCACUGUGAGUCCAAACCCAGACACCACACUGGACAAUUUUCUUCACUGGCGAGAGACUGAACUGUUACAGAAGAAGAAGCAUGACAAUGCCCAACUGAUCACAGGCAUAGACUUCCAAGGCACAACGGUGGGACUGGCCAAGAAGUAUGCAAUGUGCACCAGGGACUCAGGAGGAGUAAAUCAGGACCACAGCUUGAAUCCUAUAGGAGCUGCCUCAACCGUGGCUCAUGAGAUGGGACACAACCUGGGAAUGUCUCAUGAUGAAGACGUUGGUGGCUGCAGCUGCUUGGCCCCAAAGACCGAUGGAGGAUGUGUUAUGGCAGCUAGUGUUGGCAUGAUUUACCCAAAGUACUUCAGCAGCUGCAGUGUAAGUGACCUGCAGAAGUUUCUAAGUGAUCCCCGGACUAGCUGCUUACUGAAUAUCCCCAAGGCUGAUGAGCUGUACGGGGUGCCUGUCUGUGGAAACCAGUUUGUAGAGCGAGGGGAGCAGUGUGAUUGUGGGACGCCCAAGGAAUGCAGGGAUCCCUGCUGCAACGCCACCACCUGCCGACUAAGUGACGGAGCAGAAUGUGCUCAGGGAGAAUGCUGCCAAUGGUGUAAGGUGAAGGCUGCUGGUGUGUUGUGCCGUGCCAGUAAGAACAGCUGUGAUCUGCCCGAGCACUGCACUGGCCUCUCAGCAGAGUGCCCGGAGGACGUCUUCCAAGAGAAUGGUGUGCCGUGCCAGUAUGGGAAUGGCUACUGUUACAACGGGGUGUGCCCCUCGCACAGCGAGCACUGCCGCACGCUAUGGGGUGCAGAGGCCCAGGUGGCCCCUGAUAUCUGCUUUGAGUACAAUGGCCGCCAGAAGGACUACCUGCAUUGCUUGACAGAGAACGGGAAAAGGCCCUGCAGCCCAAAAGACGUUAAGUGUGGCACGCUGCAUUGCCUGAGUGGGAACAGGACCCCCAUUGGAGGGGGUGGCGUCUACUCCCUGUCUCUCGGGGGGGUGACCUGCAAAGCAGCUGUCACUGACAAGGAAGAAACUGAUGUGGUGGCGAAUCUUGCGCUAGUGCCAACAGGCACCAAGUGUGGGGAGGAAAUGGUCUGCUAUGCCGGGCGCUGCCAGGACCUCCUGAUUUAUGGUGCCAAAAACUGCUCUGCAAAGUGCAACGGUUACGGGGUCUGCAAUCACAAGCGGGAAUGCCACUGUGAGCCCGGCUGGGCCGCGCCCUACUGCGAGCGGAAGCUUUCGGAGAUUGCAUCAGGUGGAAGCAACAUGGUUGUGGCAGCCGUGCUGACAGUGGUGGUGCUGGUAGCCAUGCUGACCAUCGGAGGCUUUGUGUUCUACAAAGGCAAUGGGAAGAAAUACUUCCAGAAAGGGAGGAUUGUGACCACCACCACCAACGGGCUCUCCAACCCCUUGUUUCAAGAGGGAAGCAAUACUAGGAACGUGAGGCAUGAGCUUCAGAGUUGCGACAUCAGCAGCCCAAAUCUGAUUGCCACAACCUCAGACCUGAAGAGCCCCAGGUCUGUGUACGUGCCCAUGACUCCCAGCAGGCUGCCGCCCGAGCCUCCUGCGGUGGCCAGUAGUGCCUGUCAGAGCUCGCUAGCGUAUCCAGCCAAACCUGUGCAGGUUGGAGUUAAACCCAACGUGGCACCUCCCCCUCUGGUCUCUGCAAAGCCCAAACCAGCUGCUGGCGAGGUGAAGCCGAAGCCACCGACCCGGCCUCUCCCCGAGCUGAGAAGCAAACAGCGUAAGGCAGAUAAGCUGAAUGGCUGUAGUAUGGAUGGGACCAAAUUGUCAGCUCUGCCUAUCCCGCCUGCCAAACCUACUGCCCUGAUGUGUCAAUCCAGUCAGCCCCAGCGUAAGGCAGAUAAGCUGAAUGGCUGUAGCAUGGAUGGGACCAAAUUGUCAGCUCUGCCUAUCCCGCCUGCCAAACCUACUGCCCUGAUGUGUCAAUCCAGUCAGCCCCAGCAGGCCGCUUCCUUGAAGGUGGCACUGAAGCCUCCAGCUCCACGGAGAUGACCCAGACUGUGGCAGCUGGGACAGCAAGGCGUGGCUGGCUCCAGCGUUUCUCUAGAAUGAUUGAGCAUUUCUGCUUCUUGCUUAAUGGUACUCGACUCGCUUAGCAGAGUCUUCCUUCAAGGUCUUGAGUGUUUACAUGAAAUGCUUGACUCAGCUGUGCCUUAACACAGAUGCUGUGGCUGCACAAUACAGCAGGGCUGGCCAGCAAUGGCUGCUUGGAGGCCAGGGGGGCUCACACCAGCAGAUGUAGGGAAACGUUCUCAGGUUUUCACUAGUGAAAGGGCAAGGCCUUCCCAAAAGUACAAAUGAGGGACACUUCUCUCACUGCAGAGCCCCCCCUUCCCAUGCAGGCAUGGGGGGGUAGGGGGAGCAGCUCAGGGGACCGUUCCUAUUUCCAUGCCAUGCAUGAUCUGUAGCAAUGAGCCCAGCAGAUCAUUGUGUCAUGGCAACGCACUGCCAAGACCACCCAUCCUAGCAUGGACCGUGUCAGCUAGAUCGAGGGGACUAACCCCAGCAUUGCAAGCUGGCAGCUGUAAUCUCUGCCCACUGCAUCCCCCCAUGCUGCCGCCUGAAAUUAUGUUGUUGCUUUCAGGUGCUGGACAUAGCAAACGUGCCCCGCCCCUGCGGGUGAUCCAAUUCAGCAGUCAGGCCGGGGUUGUGGAAGGCCAUUCCAGCAAUGGCCUCUUAGGUAACAGCUGGAACCUUAGCAUGUUCAGAGACUGUUUUUGCCCUGCCCCUAGUGCCUGAAUCCAGCCAAAUGGUUUUGCUGACAGUGACACACCCAGGAGCCUGGGCUGGCUCCCCAGCCCUCCAUAGGGCCUUUCCUUAUAGGCAAAACAACUGUGACAAGCUGCCAGCCCAAUUCCCUCAAUGUCUCAAGUGUCAGCUCCUACUAUCUGCAGCACAGACCCUCGUAUGGCACUUUCCAGCCCAGUCCUUCCAAAGCAUGUCAGGAUGAACUGGGACUCCUGGCUGGAGCUGGCAUUCGGGAUGUUCCUGGGUUUGGGCAGGCAGUAGCCACUCUCUCCCCAGCACAGAUUUCCAAAGCUGCUGGCUGUGCAGUGCGUAGGCAUGACCAGCUACUGCCAAUGCAGGAGCCAGUGCUGUACGGUGCCUGGCAGGUAGCAGCCAGGACCCCAGAAUCUACUGCAGUAACUUGAUGCCACAGUAAUACAUGCUGCGCUGAGCAAACAGCCCUACUCACCCAGAGCACAUCACGGUCAGCUGGUGUUGGGUUAUUCUGUUGGCAGCCAAUGUAUUUUAUCAUUUAAAUUAUUGUCUGAGUUAUGGUCUGUCUGAAGAUGGGUUGGUUUUUUUUUAAUCAUGAUAAUUUAUAACCUUUAA